AUGGCUUGAGUAAUCAUCUUUUUCUCCCCUCUCAUAAUUAGUAGUUUUAAUCAGCGAGCAAUUUGUUUGGGCUUAAACUACAGUCUCGUGAUUAAGAGCAUGGGCUUUGGUAUCACACUCCCGGAGUUCGAGUCAGCUAGCUGUGUGACCUCGCUGUACUGUCUUCCUUGUGAUAAUCCUGUCCUGUGGUGAGCACUCAAGAGCGUUGGUGGCUGCUUUUAUCAGAUGAUGUGUUUUCUGAAAUUCUGAAUCAUGAGUCUAGCACUUAAUGAUCUGCUUAUUUGCUGCCGUCAACUAGAACAUGAUAGAGCUACAGAACGAAGGAAAGAGGUUGAGAAAUUUAAGCGCCUGAUUCAGGAUCCUGAAACCGUUCAACAUUUAGAUCAGCAUUCAGAUUCCAAACAAGGGAAAUAUUUGAAUUGGGAUGCUGUUUUUAGAGUUUUACAGAAAUAUAUUCAGAAAGAAACGGAAUGUCUGAGAACAGCAAAACCAAAUGUAUCAACCUCAACACAAGCCACCAGGCAGAAAAAGAUGCAAGAAAUCAGUAGCUUAGUCAAAUACUUCAUCAAAUGUGCAAAUAAAAGAGCACCCAGGCUAAAAUGUCAAGAACUCUUGAAUUAUAUCAUGGAGACAGUGAAAGAUUCAUCUAAUGGUGCCAUUUAUGGAGCUGAUUGUAGCAACAUAUUGCUGAAGGACAUUCUUUCAGUGAGAAAGUACUGGUGUGAAAUAUCUCAGCAACAGUGGACAGAAUUGUUCUCUGUGUACUUCCAGCUGUAUCUUAAACCUUCACAAGACAUUAAUAGAGUUUUGGUGGCUAGAAUAAUUGAAGCUGUGACCAAAGGAUGCUGUUCGCAGACUGAUGGAUUAAAUUCCAAAUUUUUGGAUUUUUUUUCUAAGGCUAUUCAGCAUGCAAGACAAGAAAAGAGCUCUGCAGGUCUAAAUCAUAUCUUAGCAGCAUUUAUUAUCUUCCUCAAGACUUUGGCUGUUAACUUUCGAAUUCGAGUAUGUGAAUUAGGAGAUGAAAUUCUUCCUACCUUACUUUAUAUCUGGACUCAACAUAGACUUAAUGAUUCCUUAAAAGAAGUAAUUAUUGAGUUAUUUCAACUACAAAUUUAUAUCCAUCAUCCAAAGGGAGCCAAAACUCAAGAAAAAGGUGCCUAUGCAUCAAGAAAGUGGAAGAGUAUCUUAUACAAUGUAUAUGAUCUGCUAGUUAAUGAAAUAAGUCAUAUAGGAAGCAGAGGGAAAUAUUCUUCCGGAUCUCGUAAUAUUGCUGUCAAGGAAAACUUGAUUGAAUUGAUGGCAGAUAUUUGUCACCAGGUUUUUAAUGAAGAUACUAGAUCUUUGGAGAUUUCUCAGUCUUACACAACCACACAAAGAGAAUUUAGUGAUUACAAUGCACCUUGCAAAAAGAAGAAAAUAGAAUUAGGCUGGGAAGUAAUAAAAGAUCAUCUUCAGAAGUCACAGAAUGAUUUUAACAUUGUGCCUUGGUUACAGAUUGCAACUCAAUUAAUAUCAAAAUAUCCUUCAAGUUUACCUAACUGUGAGUUGUCACCAUUACUAAUGAUACUACACCAGCUUCUACCUCAACAACGACAUGGGGAACGCACACCAUAUGUGUUACGAUGCCUUAUGGAAGUUGCAUUGUGUCAAGGCAAGAAAUCAAACCUAGAAAGCUCUCAAAAGUCAGAUUUAUUGAAACUCUGGAUUAAAAUUUGGUCUGUUACUUUUCGUGGUAUAAGUUCUGAACAAAUACAAGCUGAAAACUUUGGCUUACUUGGAGCCAUAAUUCAAGGCAGUUUAGUUGAAGUUGACAGAGAAUUCUGGAAGUUAUUUACUGGGUCAGCCUGCAGACCUUCAUGUCCUGCAGUAUGCUGUUUGACUUUGGCACUGACCAUCUGUGUAGUUCCAGAAACAGUAAAAACAGGAAUGGAGAAGAAUAUAUAUGAUGUAAACAGAAAUUUUUCUUUAAAGGAAUUGAUAAUGAAAUGGCUCUUAUUCCAUCAGUUAGAGGAUGACUUUGAAGACAGUGCAGAGCUGCCUCCAAUUCUUCACAGUAAUUUUCCUCAUCUUGCCCUGGAGAAAAUUCUUGUGAGUCUCACUAUGAAAAACUGUAAAGCUGCAAUGAAUUUUUUCCAAAGUGUGCCAGAAUGUGAGCAACACCAAAAAGAUACAGAAGAACCUUCAUUCUCAGAAGUUGAAGAACUAUUUCUUCAGACAACUUUUGACAAGAUGGAUUUUUUAACCAUUGUGAAAGAACAUACUACAGAAAAGCACCAAUCCAGUGUAGGCUUUUCUGUCCACCAAAAUCUCAAGCAAUCACUGGAUCGCUAUCUUCUGGGAUUGUCAGAACAGCUUCUAAAUAAUUACUCAUCUGAGACUUCAAAUUCAGAAACGCUUGUCCGGUGUUCAAGUCUUUUGGUGGGUGUUCUCGGCUGCUAUUGUUAUGUGGGUGUAAUAGCUGAAGAGGAAGCAUACAAAUCAGAAUUAUUCCAGAAAGCCAAGUCUCUAAUGCAAUAUGCAGGAGAAAGUAUCACUUUGUUUAAAAAUAAGACAAAUGAAGAAUCUAGAAUUGUUUCACUGAGAAAUAUGAUGCAUCUAUGUACAUGUUGCUUACAUAACUGUACCAAGCACAGUCCAAAUAAGAUUGCAUCUGGCUUCUUCCUGCGAUUAUUAACAUCAAAGCUAAUGAAUGAUAUUGCAGAUAUUUGUACAAGUUUAGUAUCCAUUAUCAAAAAGCCAUUUGACUUUGGAGAAGUAGAAUCAGUGGAAGAUGGUACUGAUGAAAAUCUAAUGGAGAUGGAGGAUCAGUCAUCCAUGAAUCUAUUUAAUGAUUACCCGGCUAGUAGUGUUAUUGAUGCAAAUGAAUCUGGAGAGAGCCAAAUUACUAUUGGUGCCAUGAAUCCUUUAGCUGAAGAACAUCUGUCAAAGCAAGAUCUACUUUUUUUAGACAUGCUCAAGUUCUUGUGUAUGUGUGUAACCACUGCUCAGUCCAAUACUGUAUCAUUUAGAGCAGCUGACAUUCGAAGGAAAUUGUUAAUGUUAAUUGAUUCUAGCAUGCUAGACCUUACCAAAUCUCUCCAUCUACACAUGUAUCUAGUGCUUUUAAAGGACCUUCCUGGAGAAGAAUAUCCCUUGCCAAUGGAAGAUGUUGUUGAACUUCUAAAACCGCUAUCCAAUGUGUGUUCUUUGUAUCGCCGUGACCAAGAUGUUUGUAAAACCAUUUUAAACCAUGUCCUUCACAUAGUGACGAACCUAUGUCAAGGAAAUAUGGAUGCUGAGAACACAAGGGAUGCUCAAGGACAGUUUCUAACAGUGAUUGAAGCAUUUUGGCACUUAACAAAGGAGGGAAAAUGCACAUUCUCUGUAAGAGUGGCACUAGUAAAAUGCCUUAAAACUUUGCUUGAGGCUGAUCCUUAUUCAAAAUGGGCUAUUCUGAAUGUAAUGGGAAAAGACUUUCCUGUAAAUGAAGUAUUUCCACAGUUUCUUGCUGAUAAUCAUCACCAAGUUCGCAUGUUGGCUGCACAGUCAAUCAAUAGAUUAUUUCAGCAUAUGAAAAAAGGAGGUCCUUCCACAUUAUUGAAAGCACUUCCUUUGAAGCUUCAGCAAGCAGCAUUUGAAAAUUCAUACUUGAAAGCUCAGGAAGGAAUGAGAGAAGUGUCCCACAGAGCUGAAAACUCUGAAAUUUUGGAUGAGCUUUGUAAUAGAAAGGCCAUUUUACUGAUGAUGAUAGCUGUGGUGUUAUACUAUAGCCCUGUAUGUGAAAAACAGGCUUUAUUCGCCUUAUGCAAGUCUGUGAAAGAGAAUGGAUUAGAGCCUCACCUCAUUAAAAAGGUUUUACAGAAAGUUUCUGAAACUUUUGGAUAUAGACAUUUAGAAGACUUCAUGGCUUCUCAUUUGGAUUAUCUGGUACUGCAAUGGCUAAAUCUUCAAGAUACUGAAUACAGCUUAUCUUCUUUUCCUUUUACUUUAUUAAACUACACAAACAUUGAAGAUUUCUACAGGUCUUGUUAUAAAGUUUUGAUUCCACAUCUGGUGAUUAGAAGUCAUUUUGAUGAGGUAAAGUCCAUUGCUAAUCAGAUUCAAAAGGAUUGGAAAAGUCUUUUGACAGACUGCUUUCCAAAGAUUAUUGUAAAUAUUCUUCCAUACUUCGCUUAUGAGGAUACAGGAGACAGUGGGAUGGCACAGCAAAGAAAGAUUGCUACCAAAGUCUAUGAUAUGCUUAAAGAUGAAAACUUAUUAGGAAAACAGAUUGAUCAUUUAUUCAUUAGUAAUUUACCAGAGAUUGUGGUGGAGUUAUUAAUGACGUUACAUGAACCAGCAACUCCUGGUGCCAGCCAAAGCACUGACCCCUGUGACUUUUCAGGGGAUUUGGAUCCUGCUCCUAAUCCACCUCAUUUUCCAUCACAUGUGAUUAAAGCGACAUUUGCCUAUAUCAGCAAUUGCCACAAAACCAAGCUUAAAAGCAUUUUAGAAAUUCUUUCCAAAAGCCCUGAUUCCUAUCAGAAAAUUCUUCUGGCCAUAUGUGAGCAAGCAGUUGAGACAAAUAAUGUUUAUAAAAAACAUAGAAUUCUUAAAAUAUAUCACCUGUUUGUUAGUUUAUUAAUGGACGAUAUAAAGAGUGGCUUAGGAGGAGCUUGGGCCUUUGUUCUUCGAGACGUUAUUUAUACUUUGAUUCACUAUAUCAACCAAAGGCCUUCUCAUUUCAUGGAUGUGUCAUUACGUAGCUUCUCCCUUUGUUGUGACCUGUUAAGCCGGGUUUGCCACACAGCAGUAACUUACUGUAAGGAUGCUUUAGAAAGUCAUCUCCAUGUUAUUGUUGGUACACUUAUACCCCUUGUGGAUGAUCAGAUGGAGGUUCAGGAACAGGUAUUGGACUUGUUGAAAUACUUAGUGAUUGAUAACAAGGAUAAUGAAAAUCUCUAUAUCACGAUUAAACUUUUAGAUCCUUUUCCUGACCAUGUUGUCUUUAGAGAUUUGCGUAUUACUCAGCAGAAAAUCAAAUACAGCAGAGGACCCUUUUCACUUUUGGAGGAAAUUAACCAUUUUCUCUCAGUAAAUGUUUAUGAUGCACUUCCAUUGACAAGGCUUGAAGGAUUGAAGGAUCUUCGAAGACAACUAGAGCAACAUAAAGAUCAGAUGAUGGAUCUUAUGAGAGCAUCUCAGGAUAACCCUCCAGAUGGCGUAAUGGUGAAGCUAGUUGUCAGCUUGUUGCAGUUAUCCAAGAUGGCAGUAAACCACACUGGUGAAAGAGAAGUUUUAGAGGCUGUUGGAAGCUGCUUGGGAGAAGUGGGUCCUAUAGAUUUCUCUACAAUAGCUAUACCAUAUAAUAAAGAUACAUCUUAUACCAAGGCCCUUGAGUUAUUUGAAGAUAAAGAACUUCAGUGGACCUUCAUAAUGCUGACCUACCUGAAUAAUACACUGGUAGAAGAUUGUGUCAAAGUGCGAUCAGCAGCUGUUACCUGUUUGAAAAGCAUUUUAGCCACAAAAACUGGACAUAGUUUCUGGGAGAUUUAUAAGAUGACAAAUGAUCCCAUGCUGAUCUAUCUACAGCCUUUUCGAACAUCAAGGAAAAAGUUUUUAGAAGUACCUAGACUUGACAAAGAAAGUCCUUUAGAAGGCUUGGAUGAUACAAGCCUGUGGAUUCCUCAAAGUGAAAAUCAUGACAUUUGGUUAAAGACACUGACUUGUGCUUUUUUGAAUAGUGGAGGCACAAAAAGUGAAGUUCUUCAGUUAUUAAAGCCAAUGUGUGAGGUGAAAACUGACUUUUGUCAGACUGUGCUUCCAUACUUGAUCCAUGACAUUUUAAUCCAAGAUACAAAUGAAUCAUGGAGAAAUCUGCUUUCUACACACAUUCAGAGAUUUUUCACUAACUGUUUCAGACACUGCUCAGAAACAAGCCGAUCCACAACUCCUGCAAAUUUGGAUUCAGAGUCAGAGCACUUUUUCCGAUGCCAUUUGGAUAAAAAAUCACAAAGAACAAUGCUUGCUGUUGUGGACUACAUGAGGAGACAAAAGAGACCUUCUUCAGGAACAGUUUUUGAUGAUGCUUUCUGGCUGGAAUUGAAUUAUCUAGAGGUUGCCAAGGUAGCUCAGUCUUGUGCUGCUCAUUUUACAGCAUUGCUCUAUGCAGAAAUCUAUGCAGAUAAGAAGAAUAUGGAUGAUCAAGAGAAAAGAGGUGCUCUUGUGACAAACAGAAGUCUUACGUUUGAAGAAGGAAGCCAGAGUACAACUAUUUCCAGUUUGAGUGAAAAAAGUAAGGAAGAAACUGGAAUAAGUUUACAGGAUCUGCUCUUAGAAAUCUACAGAAGUAUAGGAGAGCCAGAUAGUCUUUAUGGUUGUGGUGGAGGGAAAAUAUUACAACCCCUUACUAGACUGCGAACAUAUGAACAUGAAGCAAUGUGGGGGAAAGCCCUAGUAACAUAUGACCUUGAGACAGCAAUCUCCUCCUCAACUCGCCAGGCAGGAAUAAUCCAGGCCUUGCAGAAUUUGGGACUCUGCCAUAUCCUUUCCGUCUAUUUAAGGGGAUUAGAUCAUGAAAAUAAAGAGUGGUGUGCUGAACUACAGGAACUUCAUUACCAAGUAGCAUGGAGGAAUAUGCAGUGGGACCACUGCAUUUCUGUCAACAAAGGAAUAGAAGGAACCAGUUACCAUGAAUCAUUGUAUAAUGCUCUGCAGUCUCUAAGAGAUGGGGAAUUCUCCACUUUUUAUGAAAGUCUCAAAUAUGCCAGAGUUAAAGAAGUGGAAGAGUUGUGUAAGGGCAGUCUUGAGUCUGUGUAUUCCCUCUACCCUACACUUAGCAGAUUGCAGGCCAUCGGAGAGCUCGAAAACAUUGGGGAGCUUUUCUCAAGAUCAAUAACAGAUAGGCAGCCCUCUGAAGUAUACAUUAAGUGGUGGAAACAUUCCCAGCUUCUCAAAGACAGUGAUUUUAGUUUUCAGGAGCCUAUAAUGGCUCUACGCACAGUCAUUUUGGAGAUCUUGAUGGAAAAGGAAAUGGAAAACUCGCAAAGAGAGUGUCUUAAGGAUAUUCUCACCAAGCAUCUUGUAGAACUAUCUGUAUUAGCCCGAACUUUCAAGAACACUCAGCUUCCUGAAAGGGCAAUAUUUCAAAUUAAACAGUAUAAUUCAGCUAGUUGUGGAGUCUCUGAGUGGCAGCUGGAGGAAGCACAAGUAUUCUGGGCAAAAAAGGAACAGAGUCUUGCCCUGAGUAUUCUCAAGCAAAUGAUCAAGAAGCUGGGUGCCAGUUGUACAGAGAAUGAUCCCAACCUAAAACUAAUAUACACAGAAUGUCUGAGGGUUUGUGGCACCUGGUUAGCAGAAACUUGCUUAGAAAAUCCUGCAGUCAUCAUGCAGACCUAUCUAGAAAAGGCAGUGGAAGUUGCUGGAAAUUAUGAUGGAGAAAGCAAUGAUGGGCUCAGAAAUGGAAAAAUGAAGGCAUUUCUCUCAUUAGCACGGUUCUCAGAUACUCAGUACCAAAGAAUUGAAAACUACAUGAAAUCGUCAGAAUUUGAAAACAAGCAAGCUCUCCUGAAAAGAGCUAAAGAGGAAGUUGGCCUUCUUAGGGAACAUAAAAUUCAGACCAACAGGUACACAGUAAAGGUUCAGCGAGAGCUGGAGUUGGAUGAAUGUGCACUCCAUGCAUUGAAAGAAGAUCGUAAACGUUUCUUAUGUAAGGCAGUUGAAAAUUACAUCAAUUGCUUAUUAAGUGGAGAAGGGCAUGAUACGUGGAUAUUCCGUCUUUGUUCCCUCUGGCUUGAAAAUUCUGGAGUUUCUGAAGUCAAUGGCAUGAUGAAGGCAAAUGGAAUGAAGAUUCCAUCAUAUAAAUUUUUGCCUCUUAUGUACCAAUUGGCUGCUAGAAUGGGGACUAAGAUGAUGGGAGGCCUAGGAUUUCAUGAAGUCCUCAAUAAUCUCAUCUCUAGAAUUUCAAUGGAUCACCCUCAUCAUACUUUGUUUAUUAUACUGGCUUUAGCAAAUGCAAACAAAGAUGAAUUUUUGACCAAACCAGAGGCAGCAAGAAGGAGUAGAAUAACUAAAAAUGCACCUAAACAAAGCUCUCAGCUUGAUGAGGAUCGAACCGAGGCUGCAAACAAAAUAAUACGUACUAUGAGAAGCAGGAGACCUCAGAUGGUCAGAAGUGUUGAGGCACUUUGUGAUGCUUACAUUAUACUAGCAAAUUUAGAUGCCACUCAGUGGAAGGCUCAGAGAAAAGGCAUAAGUAUUCCGGCAGACCAGCCCAUUAUCAAACUUAAAAAUUUAGAAGAUGUUGUUGUUCCUACUAUGGAAAUUAAGGUGGACCCCACAGGGGAAUAUGGAAAUCUGGUGACUAUACAGUCAUUUAAAGCAGAAUUUCGUUUAGCAGGAGGUUUAAAUUUACCAAAAAUAAUAGAUUGUUUGGGUUCUGAUGGCAAGGAAAGGAGACAGCUUGUCAAGGGCCGCGAUGACCUGAGACAAGAUGCUGUCAUGCAGCAGGUUUUCCAGAUGUGUAAUACAUUGCUGCAGAGAAAUACUGAAACCAGGAAGAGGAAGUUGACUAUCUGUACAUAUAAGGUGGUUCCCCUUUCUCAGCGAAGUGGUGUUCUUGAAUGGUGCACAGGAACUGUCCCUAUUGGUGAAUUUCUUGUUAACAAUGAGAGUGGUGCUCAUAAAAGAUACAGGCCAAAGGAUUUCAGUGCCUAUCAGUGUCAAAAGAAAAUGAUGGAUGUACAAAAAAAGUCUUUUGAAGAGAAAUAUGAAACCUUCAUGGAGAUUUGCCAAAAUUUUCAACCAGUUUUCCGCUACUUCUGCAUGGAAAAAUUCUUGGAUCCAGCUGUUUGGUUUGAGAAACGAUUGGCUUAUACUCGGAGUGUUGCUACUUCUUCUAUUGUUGGUUACAUACUUGGACUUGGUGAUAGACAUGUACAGAAUAUCUUGAUAAAUGAGCAGUCAGCAGAACUUGUACAUAUAGAUUUAGGAGUUGCUUUUGAACAGGGUAAAAUCCUUCCUACUCCUGAAACAGUUCCCUUUAGACUCACCAGAGAUAUUGUGGAUGGGAUGGGCAUUACUGGUGUAGAAGGUGUCUUCAGAAGAUGCUGUGAGAAAACCAUGGAGGUUAUGAGAAACUCUCAGGAAACCCUGUUAACCAUUGUAGAGGUCCUCCUGUAUGAUCCUCUCUUUGACUGGACAAUGAAUCCUUUGAAAGCUCUGUAUUUACAGCAGAGGCCAGAGGAUGAAAGUGAGCUCCACUCCACUCCAAAUGCAGAUGACCAGGAAUGCAAACGAAAUCUCAGUGAUAUUGACCACAGUUUCAACAAAGUAGCUGAACGUGUCUUGAUGAGACUGCAAGAGAAACUAAAAGGAGUGGAGGAAGGAACCGUGCUCAGUGUUGGUGGACAGCUAUUAUGAAUAAUGCUGCUAUUGAGCAUGGGUGAACAGAUAUGUCUUCAGGAAUCUGUUUUUAAUUCUUUUGGGUAUGUACCCAGAAGUGGAAUCACUGGAUCAUACGUAUGAGGGCCUCUCACUGUUGUGGCCUCUCCCAUUGCGGAGCACAGGCUCUGGACGCGCAGGCUCAGCGGCCAUGGCUCACGGGCCCAGCCGCUCCGCGGCACGUGGGUGGGAUCUUCCUGGAC